AUGUUCUACAAGGCCAUUGUCAAAGGGAAGAGGCCCUUGCAGGCUGCCUCGCACGUCAUCCAGUCUACAACUAGUGCCGCAGCCAAUACUUCUUCCGCAAUCUUCUCCAGGGUAUUCGUAAAACGCAGGAUCAGUCUAUCUGGCACAGUACGGUCCAUCAAGGGCAGCGCAUUCCGAAGGUCACUUGUUACUUCCACCAGAAAUGCGAUCCCCCCCGAGUCGUCACAACAGGUCCCCGGCACAUCCGCUGCUCCCAUCUACAAACAAUUUGUAUCAGCAUGGACUCGGACACCCACAAAGUGGUACCCCUUGCCUUUGGCGGUCGGUGCUCUUCUGCUCGUCAUGAUCCAGUACCGCAAGAAAGUGGCACGUGCAGAGAGAGAGGUCGACGUCGACGAAGAUGGCCACGAGGUUAUUAGACUUAGAGGCCCGUGGCAGGUUCACGUAUUGGGUGCACUACCGCUCCGCAAUAUGUCGCGAGUAUGGGGUUACCUGAAUUCUUUCGAACUACCCAUUUGGAUUCGCCCUUACGGUUUUCGAUUAUACGCUUACAUGUUCGGUUGUAACUUGGAUGAGAUUGAGCCCGACGACCUCACCCAGUACGCCAGUCUAGGAGACUUUUUCUAUCGCAAGCUCAAACCUGGCGCUCGUCCGGUGGAUAACUCAGUGCUAGUUAGUCCCGCGGAUGGAACGGUUCUCCAUCUCGGCGAGAUAGAUGGUCUGCGCGUGGAACAGGUGAAGGGAAUGACAUAUUCCCUUGAUGCACUUCUUGGCGUAGAAAAAUCCAGUCCCGGUAGUCCCAUUUCUCCAACGUCGACAGUCGUCGAAUUUCCCCGCCGUGACAUGUCCGUCGUAGACGAGCGCGAAUUCGCCAACGUCAAUGGAAUAGAUUACAGCCUGGAUGAGCUUUUGGGUUCUUCAUCUGCAAAAUCCUCCGGCUCGACGACUCCAACUCUGAACGAUUCCAGUGCAGAUUCCGACAACGAGACAAUCACCCCCCGAAAACAUGGUACUCAGAUUGAUGCAUCUGUUACGCAAGAAGGCACUCUGCAGGAGACCCUUGCGCACGAUGCUUCUGUCGCACGUGAAUUGGGUGUGCGUCCGUUCCUCAUGGAACGCAAGCGUAGCGCGUCCGGCACUGCCGUCAAACCAGGCAAUGCUCUCUACUUCACGGUGAUCUACCUCGCUCCCGGUGACUACCAUCGUUUCCACAGUCCAACAGCUUGGGUCGUAGAAAAGCGCAGGCACUUUGUUGGUGAACUGUUCUCCGUCUCGCCGUACAUGGCCAAGCGGCUGCAGAACCUCUUUGUACUCAAUGAGAGGGUUACAUUACUCGGUAGAUGGCGAUAUGGAUUUUUCAGCAUGAUACCCGUCGGUGCAACUAAUGUUGGCAGCAUCAAGAUUAAUUUCGAUACCGCAUUGCGUACGAAUGUCCGUGGCCGACCACCGCCACCAGGCACAUACAACGAAGCCGUGUAUUCGGCGGCAUCCCUACUGCUGAACGGUCAGCCUCUGACCGCUGCCCAAGAAAUGGGAGGCUUCUGUCUCGGCAGUACGAUCGUUCUCGUGUUCGAGGCACCCAAGACGUUCGAGUUCGCCGUCAAGCCUGGGCAGAAAGUCAAAGUCGGGAACCGGCUGGGCGAUGUCCCAGGAGCAGUUACCACGGUUGGGAAGGAAACGAUACCAUUGAAAGAGAAGACAGAGUGA